UGAUUGGUAGAAAAAAAUAGCUUGGUGAUGAAGCCAAAAUGGCGGACCCUCCGGACGAUGGAUGGCAGUCACUUUUGAGUGAAACGAUACCUGAGUUAGGAACGAAUUUUAACGAUGAUAGAGCCAUGAAUGAUCCUAUGAUAGGCGAUUUUGACGAGGGAUUUUUGGAUUUCCUUUGUGGAGCACCAUCUGAUGGUGAUCAGGAACAAAACAGUACAGCACUUUCACCUGGGGUGAACCUUAAGACUGACCCUUCACAGCUUAUUCUCUCACCUCCAAUCACACCUCCAGAGUCAAUGGAUACAGAUGAUGAUUCUUCAUCCUCACUGAACUUUGCAGACUAUCUCUCCAAACUUACAACACAACAACAAGACCAAUCACCAUUUCCUAUGUUUCAACCCAAGGUAAAGGUGAAACAGGAGCCAGGAGUUUGUGAUCCUGGUCAGCAUGGCACUCCUACACAGAAUCAGAACACCACCACCCAGUACCUGCUUAAUUUACUUCAAGGACAGAAUUCCAAACCAGCUCCCCCUGCAAUGCACACCAAGAGCUUAGAACAGCUUCUUCAGGAGCCUUCAAUCCUUGCACCAACCUCACAGUCUUGUGCUGUUACAGUCCAACAGCCAACAGUUGUUACACAACAGGUACCACAGAUGUCUCAGACAACCCCUCAACUCCUGCAGCUGCUGCUUCAACAACAGCAACAGCAACAGCAGCAGCAACAACAUCAACAACAACAGCAGCAGCAGCAACAACAACAGCAGCAGCAGCAACAACAGCAACAGCAACAACAGCAGCAACAACAACAGCAGCAGCAGCAACUGCCGCAAUUACAACCAAAGCUUCAGCUGCCAACUGUCCAGCCACAGUGUUCAACAAGCCAGCCUUCAUCAAGUCAGAACACUCUGCUACAACAGCUUUUGCAGCAACUGGGUGUGUUACCCAAACAGAGCACAACUGUAGUGCCACAGCAGCAAGUGGUAGUUCCUGAAGAACAGUUAUCUCCUCAACAACAGGUUCCCUCUCCAGCCUCUAUCUCUUCACUGUCAUCAGCACCAGGAUCCCCUGUCCAUCCAACUUCUCCAGUGUUGCCUGUUCAUUCAAAUUCACAAGUCACAAGUCCACAAACUCAGCAGAAUCUUGUUCAACCACAGAUCGUAAAGCCAGAUUCUGCUUCCACUGUCAUUGGAACUAUUGAACUUAGCCAAUCACAGAUUCAGCCCACACUGUCCCAAGGUCCUAAUGGGGUCCUAACAGCUACAAUUCCCAUUGUCUUGGAUCCAAACAAGAUUCCAAUUAGUCGCCUGACAAAUGGUAAGGGCCAAGGAGGAGUCAAAACAGAAAAGCGAUCAGCUCACAAUUUGAUUGAGAAGCGAUACCGCACAAGUAUCAAUGACAAGAUUGUGGAGUUGAAAGACCUUGUGUGUGGGCCAGAUGCAAAGAUGAACAAGGCUGGUGUGUUGCGGAAGGCCAUAGAGGUAAUAAUGAAGCUCCAAAAUGAAAAUGCACGCCUCAAACAAGAAAACAUGAGUUUGAAAAUGGCACAGCAAAAAAGAGAAACCAUCACAGAGCUUGUUCGAAAGCAAAAGGAACAUCAGGUAAAGAAAGAGGUAAUGGAAGACUGCACUAUGACGGAGGCUGAAGCUGUAAAGAGUGAAGAAUCCAACAAGAUAGAAGAAGUUGCCAAAGCUAGUAGUGUUAUAACAAGCCCUCUUACACCUCCUACACCAGAUCCACAGAGCAAAGACAAGACUCACAUCAAAGUAGAAGCCCUGCCUGUCAAUAGCUGUGGAAUGAUGGAUCGCACCCGCGUGGCAUUGUUUGCUUUCAUGUUUACCUUUUUGUUUAUCAACCCUUUGAGUUACAUUGUGCCUCAGCUUGAUAAAGGUAUGCUUUUCUCUAACCCUGUGGAAAGUGAAAGACCCCGUGCUGCCGGAAGGACAUUGCAUUCUUAUGGGGAAAAUGUCACCAUACAGCAGGAAAAUUGGCUUUGGAAUACUGCCCUGAUUGCCCUUAACUGGUCUCUGCAUGCUUUUGUAGCCUUGGCAGUGUUGGUGCGUAUCUUUGUGUUUGGGGAGCCUGUGACGAGACCACACUCUGAUAAUGCAGUCUUAUUCUGGAGACACAGAAAUCAAGCUGAUGAAGACUUAAUUAAGGGUGAUACUAUCUCAGCAGCUCGUCACCUAGAAAUUUGCCUCAGGGCACUAAAACGUCCCCUUCCUGUUUCAAAGCUUGACGUGGCUUGUGGCCUUGUUUGGCAGUUGAUGCGUCAUGUUCUUCAGAGGCUAUGGAUUGGAACUUGGCUUGCAUCUGCUGCUGGAGGAAUAAAUUUAUGGGGACGAAGUACUGAUACAAAGGAUUAUGCUAAAAUAUCAGCCAAAGAUGCAGCUUUAGUCUACCAUAAGUUGCAUCAAUUGAGCCUUACAGGUCAUGUCUCUGUGAAUGGCUGGCGUUCUUCCUUUCUUGGCUUGGCAGCUGUGAACCUUGCAGAGUCUGCGGACAAACUGAUAAGCAUCGACAUCUUAGCAGAAAUCUACGUAUCAGCUGCAAUACAGAUAAGGACUUCAUUCCCAGAUGGACUUCACUUUAUUGCUAGGUACUUCCUUGGCCGGGCACAAACAUCUUAUGCAUCUCGUGGAACAACAGUUCCAGCUUCACUGCAGUGGCUCUUCCGCCCAAAGGGACACCGCUUCUUUGUCAGCAGUCGGUGGACCUGCCAGGGAGGUGAUAGCAUGUGGGCCAGUAUAAGUGACAAAACCAACCCAGUGGCUCAUGUGAGUCAAGCAUUCCGGGAGUACCUCCUCCGAUAUGCUCUCUCAUCUAUUGUAUUACCAAGUGCAACAGAUGAAGAUACCACUGGUGAUAAGAGUGUGCGAGAUGCCCUCAGGUAUCUUCACAUGCUGAACGAGUGUGCAUCUACUAGUGAGAAGCCUGUCAACAUGUCUUCAGCUGUUGGUGAUGAUGAAGUUGCCAAAUGGUGGGUAGCAGUGGGAAUGGUGGCAGUUCAUUGGCUGCAAGGAGAAGACGAGACUGCUGAGAGGUUUUACAGUACAAUUGAGAGUGUUCCCAAGAGCUUGUGGAAUGCAGAAGAUCCUGUGGCAAACUCAAGAGACCCAUUAGCAAAAGCUAUCCUUAGAGCGUACCUAGCUAAGAAACAGAUUUUGAGUGGGGACACGCAACCCAGCUCACUUGAAGAUUGUGCACAGCUGUGCAAGAAGUCGGGUCUUCAUCUGCAAGAGAGCAUCAACCUGACAUCGUCUCUGUACCAGUCCACCAGCAGCCGCCUACACCAGCUCGCACAGCUUUUGUGCUGUGAUUGGCUGCUGGGUACUCGAAAGGAUAUCUGGGAAUUUUCACAGAAGCCUCGCUUUACUGCGACUGUCCCAACUGAUCCGGUUGAGUUGCGUUCGUUUCAGAAUGAUUUGGAGAGUUUGCAGAAACUCACCCACAACCUCCCAGCUGCUCUGCCAAGGCUCUAUUUAUACGAGGCUGUGGCUCGUCUAAUGGCAGGCGCCAACCCCACUGAGACUCACCAUCUGUUACAGAGGAGCACGCUGAGACAGCGAGUGGUCACCUCUCGUCACCACAAAGGACAGCAGCCUGAAGACGAAGGAGACGAGGAAGAGACAACAUGUGUAACAGGUGAGCGGGAGAAGGCUGCAGCCCUUAUGAUGGCCUGCCGACACCUCCCUCUGCCUUUCCUAUCCGGUCCGUGUCAACGCAAGAAGAUGCUGGUUGAGGCUGCCACUUCCCUGGAGAAAAUCGGAGACAAGCGAACACUGCAGGAAUGUCAGCAACUUCUGCUUCAGCUGAACUCGGUUUCAGCCGUCGAAUGACAGCAGAUUUUAAAUUGACAUCGUUCCUGUUACGUAUAUUUCGCUAUGUAUGCUUCAAAAUCUUUCGUAGGCCCCAUCAUUCUUUCGAAUAUUUCCCUACCAUUCAUAGCGCUGACUGCAAAUUCUAGUGUGAAAUUCUUAGGACUACAGGAGAGUUAAGGCGUAAUUGCAUGGCUUGUCUUCCCGUCUUUUGGUUACUGAGGAAACGAGAGCCACAAAAUCCGUGUAACAGAGGCGAAGCGACAGCAUGUAGCUGUCUCCGGCACCCCACAUCAUGUCAUAGCAGAUCAUAUGUGUGCUUAAUUUGCAUCACAAUAAUAACAGCUUUGCCAUAAGUAACUGAGAAUUAAUGGUGAAAGUAAACGCAAAAUCAAGAUAGCUAAAGCGUCGAAAAACUCUUUAAAGUAAAGGAAAAAAUAGAGAAGAGAGAUGGUCUAUUUAAAAUAAGUAUGUAUGUGCAUUAAAUAUUUUAUUUUAUACCUAAGGAAAGACUUACGUCACAUAUUUGUUAUCGUUUUUUUAGUGAAACAUUUAACAUAAUUUGAAAAGAAUCAUGAACCAGUACUUACGUCUGAAGGUGAUUUUAUUCCAGUUAUUUACCCCCAAGCCAGUUGUUGGAUGCUUAAGAUAAGUGACACCAGUGAUUGUGAUUGAAAUCAGUUGAGAUAGUAGUUUAAAAAAAACUGUGUUGUUGCAGGAAUAUUAUUGGAACAUUGACUACUUUGGAAAAAGGAAAAAACCUGUAAGAUAACACGGUAUGGUAACUGUAGACACGUACGUGUUAGUUUCUCAAUAUGCGUGUGAAAUUAAUGUAUGUCUUAUCUGAAUGAUAAAUAGCGUUUUUCAAUUUAGUGUAACCUAAAUAAAAUUAUUGAUGUACUGUUUCAAAAA